UAAUGUGCAUGGUAAAAUGACUGCAGUAAUAGACUUGUGGACUCAGGAGCACUUCAACUGUCCGAUAUGCCUGGAUCUGCUGAAGGAUCCUGUCACUCUUCCCUGUGGACACAGUUUCUGUAUGGACUGCAUUACAGGCUGCUUGAAUCAGGAAGAUCAGAAGAGAGUCUACAGCUGCCCACAGUGCAGACAGACUUUCACUCCGAGACCUAUUCUGGGGAGAAACACAAUGCUAGCUGAUGUGGUGGACAAACUGAAGAUUGUGGGACUCCAGCCUACACCACCAGAUCACUGUUAUGCUGGACCUGGAGAUGUGGAGUGUGACAUCUGCACUGGGCGAAAACGAAAGUCUGUUAAGUCCUGUCUGGUGUGUCUGUCCUCUUACUGUGAAACUCACCUCAGAGUUCACAAUGAUCUCAACCCAGGGAAGAAACACAAAGUUAUUGAAGCCACUGGAAAUCUACAGGAUCUAAUCUGCUCUCAUCAUGAUAAAUUAUUGGAGGUCUUUUGUCGUACUGACCAAACAUGUAUUUGUGUGCUGUGUGCUAUGGAUGAACACAAACAACACGAUACAGUUGCAGCCAAUACAGAGAGGACAGUGAAACAGAGGCAGUUACAGGAAAUGAUGUUGAAAGUUCAGUGGCAAAUACAAGAGAAAGUGAAAGAACUCAAGGAGCUUCGACAGGAUGUGAAUAAUCUGAAGAUCUCUGCUCAGGCAGUAAUGGUGGAGAGUGAGAGGAUCUUCACUGAAAUGAUCCGCUCUGUUGAGAGAAGACGCUCUGAGGUGAUAGAGCUGAUCAGAGAUCAGGAGAGGGCUGAGGCAAGUCGAGUUGAAGAACUCAUGGAGAGACUGGAGCAUGAGAUUGCUGAGCUGAAGAAGAAUGAGGCUGACUUGGAGCAACUUUCACAUACUGAGGACCACAUCCUUUUUCUACUGAGCUGUCCAUCUCUUUCUUCACCUUCUGAAUCCAUGAUAGCAGAUAUAGUCCGUAUAAAUGAAGAUCUGUGCUUUGAGGCGAUAAUUCCUCCCAUCUGCAAUUAG